UUUAAAAGCCCAACAAUGGGUCGCCCACUUUCUCCUCGAACCCAGCCCACAAUGUCCGUACUCCCAGUCCCCGACACCACCACCAGAAACAACGGCUCCUCCGCCGAAGCCGAAGCGUUUCACAACUUCUUCGAGUCUUGGCUCGUCGAACAAAACCGCUACCUCGAAGACCUCAUUUACGCAUCCAAACGAUACCAAGACAAUUCAGCUCCUGAGUCAACUCAGGACGCCGAGUUGCGCCCUCUUGUCCAACGAGUCGUAGGCCAUUACGAGUAUUACUACCGAUCCAAGUCCCGAUGGGCCAAAUCCGACGUUCUAGUCAUGCUGUCGCCUUCGUGGCGGAGUUCAUUGGAGGAAGCGUUUUCAUGGAUCGGAGGAUGGCGACCGAGCAUGGCUUUUCACUUGCUUUACUCAAAGUCGGGGCUCCAACUCGAGCCGAAACUCGGUGACUUGAUUCGCGGAAUGAGUUCGGGCGAUUUGGGAGAUCUGUCAGCGAGUCAGAUGACUCAAGUGAACGAGUUACAGAGGAAGACUAUUAAGGAGGAGAAGGACAUAACCGAGAAGUUCGCGAAGCAUCAGGAGACGGUGGCGGACACUUCGAUGGUGGAGCUGUCGCACGUGGUGAGCGAAAUGAUGAUGAACGACGGCGACGUGAGUCACGAACUCGAGGAAGGGCGAGUUGAGUCAACGCUGACUCCCAAGGAGGAAGGGUUGGAGGAAAUCUUGCAUAAAGCCGAUGAUCUACGGCUGAGAACUCUGAAAGGUAUCAUUGACAUUUUGACUUCAAUCCAGGCCGUUCAUUUCUUGAUUGCUGCUGCAGAGUUGCACUUGAGGCUACAUGACUGGGGCAAGCAGAUAGACGCUCGACGGAGCCGUGGCGCUGAAGGGACCAGUGUAACUGAUGCAGAUAAAAAAAUUAUGGGAUUUUGAAUUAUAAUGUAUUUAGAAGUCUACGUUUUUAUUUAAGUUAAUAUUAUUGUUAGGUUAAUAUUAUAGGGUUUUAUAUGAGUUUUAAAAACGAUGGUAUUAUCGUAAUUUAUAGGUUAGUUGGAAAAGGAGGUUAAGUAUUUAUUAAUGUUUUAUUAUGAUGUUUUAGAAAGUCUAUCGCUUGGUGAAAAAGUAGUAUCUUUUAAGGGUAAAUUAGGAAUAUGUUUGAUUUCUUUUUAAUAUUGAUUUCCUAAUAUAAGUGGUUUAAGGUUUCUCUAUUUAA